AUGGCCUUCCUCAUCUCCUCCCUCGCCCAGCGGCUGAAGAUCCGCCACCGGAACAAGAGGAUCACGUCCUCUUCCAACAUUCGCCGGCCUUCGCUCUUCUCAUGCGGCGGCGGCGGCAGCGGCGACACCUUCAGCCCUUUCGUGAAGCCGAAGACGUCGAGGAAGCCCAAGGGGCCAUCUGGGUCCGUCGAGCAUGGCAACGACAGCCGCAAGGCUGAUGUCGACGAGCCGUGCGUGUGGCGGCGCACGAUACUGCUCGGCCAAAGGUGCCAGCCGCUGGAGUUCAACGGGGCCAUACACUACGACAGCGAAGGGCAGCGGUUGUGGCACUCCCGGACGCCGCCGCGGUCGCCGCUGCUGAGCCCCGUCCGUUCUCUGGAAUUUGGAUACAUGGAUCGAGCAUGA